AUGGCGAACCAUGCCAACGACCGCGGAGAGUCGAAUGUGAGCUGCAACAUGUCUUCCGAAGAUCAUGGACAAGGCGACAUAGAACAAUUGACCCGCCGCUCAGAAGCGUUUGUCUCCUCGAGAGACCCUCUUGAGAGCUUCCGUGCCACCGGGCAAAGUACAGAGGCCGGUCGACAAGCACGAAUAAGGGAGACUUUGGAUCAUCCAUACAACACUCAGUCCCCCCCGCAUUCUAAAGGAACAGAAGGGCCUUCCACCACCGGUCAUAUUGCCCGCCUCAGCGCCUCCACAGCGCCGUCCACCUCGCGAGAGGAUUCGAAGAGUGCUCUUGGGCAAUCUCUCACAACCCCCCCGACCGAUACCUCAAAGGGCGAUGCAGUGCAAGGCGCCAAGAAGACGGCGGGAUUCUUAAUCUGUGCGUAUUUUGUCGAGUUCGGUUCCACCGCACCCGCAAAGUGUUGCUCAUCCAAGUUUAAGCGCGCUUGCGACUUGAAACAACACACGUGGCGCUUCCAUGUCCACAUUGACGAUCAACGCAGCAUGCAUGCCACAGCGUUGAAAGUUGAUCAAUCGCUGCAGACAACGCAAUUGCUAGAGGAGAACCCCCUGUUUCGACUCACCGCCGAGUCUUGGGUUCGUUUUGUCGAUAUCAUCAGCGUACUUAAUAUACGGCGUCCACGACUAGAGGAGCUACACAACGAUCACCGCAUCACAUGCACCUCAAACAUAUGGAGGUCGCUAUUUGGGGAUCGCCAUCCCGGUUUCGGGUCGCAGUCGGAGACCACUAAAGAAAACAUUGAGAUUAUCGCGAGAAGCAUACGAAGCGCCAUGGAUUUCCUCAGUGACCCUGCGGGGAAAGAUUGUUCCAAGUCUUUCAUCGCUGCCGAGAAAGCGUUUGCUGAUCAAAGGAACAAUGAUAACGAACAAACACAGCAAGUCGAUUACGGGGGAACAUGGUCCGAGGUGGAGGCGAGUGUGAAUGAGUGGAUGCACAAACUGUCCGCAGAGGAGUUUGAAAAACACUUUGCCGAACUGGAACAACUCUCAAGAGAUACACGUAUGACAACCGCACGGGCAAACAUGGCUGAGUAG